CCGGUGCCGGAGCUGGCGCGGGGCCAGCAGAAGUACGACGCGGCCGAGAACGUGAAGAUCAUCUGCCUGGGCGACAGCGCGGUGGGCAAGUCCAAACUGAUGGAGCGCUUCCUUCUGGACGGAUUCAAGCCCCAGCAGCUUUCCACCUUUGCCCUGACGCUCUACAAAUACACCGCGACGGUGGAUGGCAAGACGAUCCUCGUGGACUUCUGGGACACAGCCGGGCAGGAGCGCUUCCAGAGCCUGCAUGCCUCCUACUACCACAAGGCCCACGCCUGCAUCAUGGUCUUCGACGUGCAGCGCAAGGUCACCUACAAGAACCUGAGCCACUGGUACAAGGAGCUGCGCGAGUUCCGGCCCCACAUCCCCUGCCUCGUGGUGGCCAACAAGAUCGACGCUGACAUGAAGGUGACGCAGAAGAGCUUCAAUUUCCCGCGGAAGUUCAACCUGCCCUUCUACUUCGUGUCGGCGGCAGACGGCACCAACGUGGUGAAGAUCUUCAACGACGCGAUCCAGCUGGCUGUCUCCUACAAGCAGAACUCGGGGGACUUCCUGGACGAAGUCAUGGAGGAGCUGGAGAAUAUUGGGCUGGAGAAAGCAGAGGAGGAUUCGGCUGGCAAGGAGGAGAGUGGCCCGGGAGACGGCCCCCCGCCGACCUGAGCCCAGGACUGGAAGGACCCGCUCCUGCCCCCGCGCCCUCACGCAGCCAGAGGCCACGCCUUCUGCAGAGACUCGGGGGAGCAGUGCCCCCCGUGUCGGGGCGGCAGGCGGCCCUCCCUGAAGCCGACGGCCUGACAGCUUCCACCCCCCGAGGACGGGCCACCACUGUGGGGCGCGGGGCCCCAGAGGCCCCCUCCCCUGCCCUGGGGCCGCCGGCACAAGCACCGGAGGAAGGCGCUUGCCUCGACGGAGAGAUUGAAGGACCAGCAGUGCAGCCUUGGCGUGUCUCCUUGCCCCCUCCCCAGGGGAGCGGAAAGGGUCUUGGCGGCCCCCUGGCUGGAUCGGGCCGGAGGGCCACCCCCAGGCCCACGAGAUGCUUCUCGGAAGCCCCAGGCGGGACGUACGAGGGGCAGCCCUCUCCCCCUCCGUCCAGCCCUGGUGCUGAGUGGACGUGUCCCGAAGGAGGGCCGCCGACAGGCGUCGGUAAGAGCAAACGUGCUGUACCUCGGAGCAGAAUAAACAAAGAUUUCCUGCGUU